GUCUGCUGAUAUACUUGUCAGACAUUCAGUGACUUUAUUCCAUUGAAUACAGUUUCUCGAUCCGCUCAAACUCAACUCUCAGCCAAGAGCUAUUCAAGAUACAAAGUUGCAAAAACAGACACUCACCAUGCCGCCAUGUGCUUUGCGCCAGAGGGGAAUGGCCUUCAUUCCGCGUCGGGAUAAGAACCGGGAGAAGGAAGUCCUGGCUCCCAGGCCCGUGCAUCCGCGCCCUUUGCGCUUUCACGGGUUCUUUGGCAUGUCCUAUGUCCACCAGCAUGUGAUGGUGGAUGACCGUUGGACGCCCAAUUCGCUGACCGAGCAGUUCAAGGGAAUGUCUGACUUGUUGACUCGUCGGUUGGUGUUCAAAAACCACGAAUCAAAGGCCAAUCGCCAGCGGUAUUUCCGCGAGAACAAACGUCUGAAGCUGCAGUGUCGCGAUGGACGCACCAAAUUGCAGAAUGUCCUGGUCAAUGACAACACGCACAAGAUUCGCAACUUUCUUAUCAAUCACAAGGACAUGCAGCGGUUGUACCAGAAGAUGCCCAUUCACCUGGUGGUGGAUAACAUCAAUCAGCGAACCUUUGUGAUGCGAAAGGAGCGAGAUCGUCUGGAGUUUCGGUUAGAUCAGCUAAAGCAGCAAUACAAGGAGCAAUUGUUGCGACGUGCCCUGCUCGAGAAUCGCAUCAAGUAUCAGAACGAGUUCAUUCUCGAUGAAGAGCUCAAGUCUCGCGUCUUUCUCAAGAAGAUCGAGAACUCGAAUGUGCGUCUUAAGGCCAUCAAGACCAUCAACAACACCUACAAGAAGAUGAUACAGGUGCUUGUCCACGACGAGAUUUUCUACGAACCCAUCCUGCGCUCCCUUAGCAGCGACAUGGACGACCAGACGAACUUCAUCAAACAUAUCCUAUAUCUGGGCAUGCCGGCCAUAGCCAAGUUCAAGGAACUGAACGAUGAGUUCCGAAGCCUGGAGGAGAAGUCCCGCAAGAACCUGCAGAUGAAGCUUCAAAUGUUGGCCACCCUCAAAAAGCCGGGCACCACUACUCUUAUGAACUUUAACAAGGCCAAGGAAUCGCCAAAAACCAAGAAUCUCAAGCGAUAUGUGCGAGAGACCCAGAGCAUGAUGAUACUCAAACUGGAGCUAAAGGCCGUGGAGAAGACCAUUAAGGAGGUCAAGUUUGUGACGCUGUGCUCCCAGGCCAAGGAAAUUUACCCGCGAAUGAAGAGCCAGGUGGACAAUAACGACAAGCUGCAUCGCAUGAUUGUCAAGGACAUGUUGUCCCACGAGAUGCUGGAGACCAAAAUGAAGUGCGCCAGUGUUCUGAAGGGAGUUCUGGUCAACAAUCUCUCAGAGGAAGAGAUCAAUCGCCAAGAGCGCAUCAAGGACUUGAAGAAAACGCUGCAAAAAGAUGUACAAUUCGAGCAGGAUACCUUGCAGCACCUUAAGAAUCGAGCUGACUCAUAUGUCAUGUUGAGACUAUCCAUUUGGAAUCUCUUGGAGAUUCUUCGUCAUGUGGAUCGCCAGCCCAAGCUAAUACGUUCCCUGUAUCCCAACUCGUACCUCAAGCUGCCUUUGCUUAAAUUCGAAAUGCUUAACAUGAGGGCCGCCGCCCCGGAGAUUUUCGAGGAGAACAUUGACAACAUAAUGCACAUGGUGAAGCGCAAGAUCUACAAGGUGAUGAAGGCCUACACGAUCGAGCUAAAGCCGGCGACCAUCAAGCGAAAUGUUGAGGAAUAUCAUACCGAUUUCUUGGCCAGCUUGGAUAUGCACGAAGCGGUGGAUACGGAUGAGCAGCCGAAGACGGCGCCGGAAGACGAUAUCCUACAGGAGAACAAGACCAUGGCCAAUGUGCCGAAUCGCAAACAGAUUAAGGCCCAAAGCGCCAAACUUCUGGAGGAGCUGGCCAAACGCGAUGAAUAAUUCGAAAUUUAUUUAUACAUACAUAUUUAUUGAUGUUAGAAAGUUGCUGUAAAUUGUAAGUGCUUCAAUUGAGCAAAAUUCUUCAAGUUAAAUGCAAAAAACAAGCUCACAAAAAACUUGUACAAGUCGUGAGUUUUGCAUUGACCAAAGCCAGACAAUGGAAGUGGUAGUCGCCUUCAUAUAAUUGAUUCGAAAUUGCUGAAAACGCUGCCUGGGAUCUCGGAUCGGGUUGGAUUGCCUCAACU